AUGGCAGUGGAUCUGGUAGUUCGCGACGUGAUCGAGCUGCAAGCGUUGGGCCGAGAUGAAGCGAAAACAUUGCUACAAAAGUCGCUCAUUGACCCAGACAUGGUCGGCAACAAGGAGCCUGCUGUUGCUGAGCUCCUUGACGAGCUGGCUGAUCUGCCGCUCGCAAUCGUCCAGGCCGCUGCUUACCUCAAUACGAAUACAACCACUAUGCCACGCUAUCUGCGUCUGCUGCGAAAUACAGAGCAAGACAUGGUCAGCCUCAUGAGCGCCGAGUUCCGCGACAGUGCACGAUACGAAGGUGCGACCAAUGCAGUGGCAUCUACUUGGCUGGUGUCAUUUGAGCAGAUUCGCAAAUACGACGAGAUAGCAGCAGGUCUCCUCGCGUAUGUGUCGUGUAUCGAGCCUAAGGCAAUUCCUCGGUCGAUUCUGCCGACAGUGCAGCCGGAAGCAAGAAUGGAAACCGCAAUUGGAACGCUGUGCGGGUAUGCGUUUCUCACGCGACGCGCGGAGGACGAAACAUUCGACGUCCACAGGCUGGUCCAUCUGGGGAUGAGAAUUUGGGGCCGACACCAUGGUGAUGCAUCAACUGAGACCAGAAAGGCGAUGCAACACCUUGCUGGAAUUUUUCCAUCCGAUCACUUUGAGAAACGAAAGCUGUGGAGAGAAUAUCUGCCUCACGCGGUCAGACUCUUGCAAGAGCAGGAGGAGGAAGAGGAGGAAGAGCCCAAGAAAUACGAGUUGUGCAUUAGUGUAGGACGGUGUCUGCAGGCAGACGGCAGAGUGCGUGAAGCUGUGGACUUUCUCGAGCAGGCGUGGCGAUGGCGAUGCAGCAACAUGGACGAGAAACAUUCCGAUAGACUAUUAUCGCAGUACACGCUCGCAAUAGCAUACCAAGCAGAUGGGCAGGUUGGCAUGGCGGUCGAGCUGCUUGAACACGUCGUCGCUGUUGAAGCGAAGGUGCUGGCUGAAGACCAUCCCUCUCGACUGGCGUCGCAGCACGAGCUCGCAAUAACAUACCAAGCAGAUGGGCAGGUUAGCAAGGCGGUUGAACUGCUUGAGCACGUCGUCACUAUCGAAGCGAAGGUGCUGACCGAAGACCAUCCUGAUCGACUGGCGUCGCAGCACGAGCUGGCAAUAGCAUACAAAGCAGAUGGGCAGGUUAACAAGACGACCGACGGUUUGUCCCGUGAUGGGGGGGUGGCUUGA